CAGAUGGGGCAGAGAAAAAAAGAGAAAGAUCCACCGCUGCGAUCAGGAGUGAGAGGAGGACUGUUAAACGAUCGGAUCUAGAUCUUCUGAUGAGGAGAUUUACCCGGCGGAGAAAGUUUGGACUAACCGCGGCUUCAGCGAAACGGAACGGGGUUUGAACCAGAAACAAGCAAACCAGCGACCGCCCGCAAAGUUUACACCAAAACCCGCCGGCGAGGAACGUCAGCUCUGCGGCAACUCACCUCGGCGUUUUCCUGCGGAGCGAAAAGCUGGGGAAAAGUUGGCGUGGAGCUCCAGCCAUCCCCAUGUCUCUGUUUCGAGUCUGCCGUCACGCUUCGCCGAGAACGAUGUUUCUGGCUUCGUAGUAAAUAAAGCGAACGUUUCCAAGGCGACGCCGACUGUUUUAACGGCUUUAUGCGAUUUUAACGGCUAUUCUGCUGCGUUUGGUCUCUGGAUUGGGAUAAACACACUGCACCGCUGACGGAAAAGAAGCGACUCUCUUUUCUUUGCCAAUCUUUUAAAGGCCAAACUGCCACCAACUUGCACUUUAUCUCGGUCUUAUUAAGGCUGGCUGUGCCUAAAAGUUGUUAGGUUAGCUCGGGAGCUAACGUUGACGUUACGCGAGGCACACAACACAAAACUUUGUGGACUUGAGUGGUGAUUUUAGGACCUAUGUAUUUCCUCACAGUGACCCAAAAGGAUUUAGUCAUGUUUUCGUGCAAACAGACGACUUAAUGUGAGCCAAAUAGCCCUACCUGACUGUCCAGGCAAACAAACAACUCGACGAAGUGAAGUUGAAAAUUUCUUUGAUUUUCCACUGUGGGACCAGUCGCUGCUGACAAAACUACAAAAUGGCGGCGUCCCUGGGUCAGACCGGAUCGGUCUUUCGCUGUGUUUUUUACUUUGUUUUGUGUCUGGAGCUGGUCAGCAGCGACGGCCUGAGUCCGGAAAGGUCCUGUGCUCUUAACUGCACUUGCGCCGGAGAUAGGACGGACUGCAGCGGGCUGAAACUAACCCACAUCCCCUCAGACCUGCCGGAGCACACCGCGUAUCUAAAUCUGAGCCACAACAAGCUGACAGAAGCUGAUAUGGAAAUCCUCUCCAAUCUGCCCAACCUCAGAGAAGUGAGGCUGGACCACAAUGAGCUGACAUCAAUCCCCCUGUUUGGCAACGCCUCAACAGCCAUUGUCACACUCUAUCUGAACUACAACAAAAUCUCCAGUGUGCAGGGCAGUCGGCUACAAAAUCUCAUACGCCUGGAGACUCUGGAUUUGAGUAAUAAUGACAUCAUCGACCUGCGGGAGCACUGCUUUCCUCCUGGCCUUCGCGUCAGAGAGCUGAUCCUGAGCAGUAAUAAGAUUGUGCACCUGGAGUCUGGAGCGUUCAGGAACCUGGCUUUCAGUCUGCAGGUCCUCCGGCUGAGCAGAAACCGCCUCACACAGCUGCCUGUCAAAGGCCUGGAGCUGCCCAAACUCACCCAACUAGAGCUAAGCAGGAACCGGCUGCGUUUGAUCGAGGGCCUGACCUUCCAGGGUCUGUCCAGUCUGGAGGUGUUGAAACUUCAGAGGAACAACAUCAGCAAGCUGACAGACGGAGCGUUCUGGGGCCUGGCCCGCAUGAGGACACUUCAUUUGGACUAUAACAGUCUGAAGGAGGUGAACAGUGGCUCUCUGUAUAGACUGGAGUCUCUCCUGCACCUCCAUCUCUCCAACAACCACAUCUCCAGCUUCAACCCUGAGGGAUGGGGAUUCUGCGAGAGGCUGCGAGAGCUGCACCUGGCCCAUAACAACCUGACAAAGCUGGCCGAGGGCAGUUUUGCCAAGUUAGUAAACCUGCAGACGCUUCGUUUGGGCCACAAUUCGAUCAGCCACAUCUCUGAAGGGGCCUUCAGGGGCCUCGCUGCUCUGCGUCUACUGGAGCUGGACCACAACGACAUUUCUGGAACAAUCGAGGACACCAACGGAGCCUUUGCAGGCCUUGACAACCUCAGAAAGCUAACGCUGUUUGGAAACAGGAUCAAGUCGGUGGCCAAGAGAGCCUUCUCGGGCCUGGAAGCCCUGGAGCACCUGAACCUGGGGGAAAAUGCCAUCCGCUCCAUUCUACCAGAAGCCUUCAGCAAGAUGAAGAACUUGCGCAGCCUUGAAAUCCUGAGCGAUAGUUUCCUGUGUGAUUGCCAGCUCCACUGGUUUCCCGAGUGGGUGGUGACCCGUGGUCUGCAGACGGGCGUUCAGGCUGCAUGUGCGCACCCGGAGAGCCUGAAAGGCAUCAGCAUCUUCCUGGUUCCGCUGCAGAGCUUUGUGUGUGACGACCUGCCCAAGCCCCAGAUCACGGUUCACCCGGUGCCAACGGCAGCGGUGCUGGGGAAGGACGUGCGACUGACCUGCACGGCGGCCAGCAGCAGCAGCUCUCCCAUGACCUUCACGUGGCGCAAAGACCAGGAGACACUUGAUCAGGCUGAGGUGGAGAACUUCGCCCACGUGCGCUCCAGCGAUGGUGGCGUCAUGGAGUACACCACCGUCCUCCACCUCAGACACAUCACCUUUGAGCAAGAGGGGCGCUAUCAGUGCAUCAUCUCCAACCACUUCGGCUCCACCUACUCCAACAAAGCCCGUCUCAGCGUCAGCGUGCUGCCUUCCUUUGUGAAAACACCUCGUGACCUGACCAUCCGGGCGGGCACCAAGGCUCGUCUGGAGUGCGCGGCUAAAGGUUACCCGCCCCCUCAGGUGGCGUGGCAGAAGGACGGUGGCACAGACUUCCCGGCCGCUCGUGAGAGGCGCAUGCAGGUGAUGCCCGAUGACGAUGUCUUCUUCAUCAUGGACGUGAAGCCCGAGGACAUGGGUGUUUACAGCUGCACCGCCAAAAACACAGCUGGGAUGAUCUCAGCCAACGUCACACUCACUGUACUAGAGAUGCCCCACUUGGCGCAAGGUAUGGAGGACCGCAGUGUUGUCGUUGGAGAGACUGUAGCUCUGCAAUGUAAAGCUCUGGGAAGCCCCCCACCCCGCAUCACCUGGCUCCGGGGGGAGGAGCCCCUGCGGCCCAGUGACCGCUACCACUUUACCCCUGGCAACCAGCUGCUAGUGAUCGGCAGCGCCGCCGUGGAGGACGCCGGCCGCUACACCUGCGUCAUGUCCAACCCGCUGGGCACGGAGCGCGCUCACUGCAGGCUGAGUGUGUACCAGCGGCACACUGGUCCCUGCACUCCACCAUCUGGCCCCAGUACUGUCACAGUGGGCAUCAUCGUUAUUGCUGUGGUGACCAGCAUUGUAGUGACCUCACUGGUGUGGGUUUGCAUCAUCUACCAGACAAGGAAGAAGAGCGAAGAGUGCAGCGUUAAUACUGAUGAGACAAUUGUCCCUCCCGAUGUCCCAAGCUACCUGUCCUCACAGGGGACACUGUCCGAGAGGCAGGACAUAUGUAUACGUGUGGAGUCCAGUGGAGGCUCCCAGCCCAGUGGACACAGAGAUAGCAAUGGUGGCUUUGAUGUUCCGGUGGUGUGCACGGACUGCAUGGAAAACAGCACCACCUACUCCAAGCCAUCAGACUACCACCCCCAGGGGAUAGCGUCCCCUUCAGGUCCAGAGUACCAGCAGGCGCAGCCUCCCUCAACCUUCACCAGUCAAAGGACGGGCGAUGCACACUGCAACGGCACACCCAACGGCGUCAGGAGAGACAACCAGCCCGUCUUUCCCAGCAACCAUGACAGGUCAUCGCACAAGAAACACAGCGACAGAAAAGGGUCUUUGGCAAAGAAGACAGGGACAGCAAGCUCUCCGUCAGCGGAUGACAGCUACCAUCAUCCAGCCAAGCCAACGCCCCUCCCCCCUGCCCACAUGGACACUGAAUGUGGUUCUGAGCUCACAAAGACUCUGUUGCCUAAUGGACACACGCACACGGCCAGACCCACCCAGAGUGAGAGCACCCCCCUCAGGCGGGCCAGUGACUAACCCGCCGCCACCCUGGCAAAGACUCUUAUUAUUUUUCUAUCCUCUUUGCACUGCGAACUGCUACCUCAAACUGAGGGGCGCAGAUCGAGCUGGCCCCGUGCGUCUGAAUGCAGAAUCGGGGCGUCCCGGAGUUUGAAGGCGAAGCUUGAACGGGGGACGUUCACACCCCUGUCCGAGCGUUACAGCUGUACAUAGUUUUAAAUCCUCCUCAGGGAGGCUUCGUUCACCAUUCGAAAAUGUGACUUGCAUUUUGAAGCAUGCUAAUGUAGGGAAUACUGUACGAUACAACAGAGUGCUAUAACAUUGGACUUUGAA